GUGUGCCGCCCAAGAAAACACUGGUUUUGUGACCGAUCCCGUGUACCAACUGACAGAGACAAGGGCAGAUUCCUCCUUCCUCUCGCCUUGACUUAUUGGAAGCCUUCAGCCAGAAAACACGAUUCAUAUUGGACUCGGCGUUGGCCCUCUAGUAUGAGCCGGUCAGUUAAACGGCUUGGCCGCACUCGAGGCUGUAAAAAUUGGCCAUGCAUUGGGCCUUUUGUCAUAUGCUGCAAGUGAUGGAUUUCUCUAAAUGCCCCGCGUAUACUGGCGCUCUGCGGGACAUUUCUCGGCAAGACACGUGUGUUAUACAAACGGUUCGUGUGAAGCCGACACGAAAAACAAACUCUCUGCGCUUCUAUACAUCAUUUCCUGCCGCGAAAAAUCGAAUGUGGUAUGCGUUUGGUCAAAUAACGGGGGAUGCCGGAAAGAAGAUCCUGCCAGUGCCCACUUUGUGGGGAUGAUCGUAGAGUGGCUCCUAUAUUUAGAAGCCGGGGAAGCAGGCUUAGGUAGCGCAAGUAACACGCGGGGCGUUUGGCGACGAAUACAGGAAAAGCGUAUUGUGACAUGCAGUCCAAGGCGUGCCACACAGGCCCAGCCGCGUAGACUACCGCUGCGGGGGGCGGCGACAGUCGUCGCAAGCGAAGAGCACUUCUUGACUAAACAAUCCAUGCAAACCCGUGUGUCUAUGCCGACAAAGCGAACUCACCAAUUCCCUGCGCCCUCUUUCAUUUUCACACACCUUCUCCCAGGCCACGGCCGCCGUUGACUAGUGUGCAGGAUGUACACGGAGGACCGUCCCUUGGCAAAACUGCCCCCACGUAUCGUACGAGUUUUGGCUGUUGAAGGAUAGAUCUUUUGUUCACUGGUUGUGCUCCACGCUUUAAGCUAGAUGCAUCCGCCUG